AUGACACAACAGAAGAAAAUACCGAAAAUAAAAAAGAUCAAAGAAGAAUUAAAUAAAGAAUUUACAUUUUUGAAAAAUGUAUUUUCUGUAAUGUCUUUACCGCUGCAGAUGAAAGGUGAAAACGAAGACAACAUGGACAUUGAAAUUGUAAAUGAAAAUCAAAAGAGUAACGAAGAUGUUGAAAUGCCAAAAAGAGCUCGCAGUAUAGCAGAACUUGAAGAAAAGUUAGAAAAAAUCAAAUCACAGAAUAAGUUCAGUUUCAAAAAUAAAUUACAAAAGAAAAGCUUAAGUAGUAAAUUGAAUAAGAAGAUUAAGAAGACAGAAAGAGUUAAGGCGAAGGUUAAACCUGUAGUGGACAAACCGUUUGCUGACAUGCUGAAGGCCAGUGUUGAGGAGAAACCAAAACCGAACAUUGCUAAACCAGUGUUUAACAAUGAAGGAAAACUUGUGUUCUCCAAGUUUGACUUUGCUAAUGUUGGCAAGAGAGAGAGGCAAAAUAAAGCAGAAAGAGAUCCCAAAAAGAUUUUGGAAAAUCUUAAACAACAGGAAGAACGUCUAAAACAAUUGGAAGAAAAAGAAGAUAGUAAUAAAGUGAAAGAAAUCAAAGAAAAGAUUGCUUGGAAAAAUGUACUGCAGAAAGCUGAAGGACAGAAAGUGAAAGAUGACCCUAUAUUACUGAAGAAGACUAUUAAGAAAAUGGACCAAAAGAAAAAGCAAAGUAAGAAACAAUGGGACACUAGAGUUCAAAAUGUUGAACAGAAGAAAACAGAAAGGCAAAAGAAGAGAUCAGAAAAUAUUGCCAAAAAGAAGAAAGAAAAGAAGUCUAAAAUUAUAAAGACGUCAAUCAAGAGGGGCCGAGUUGUAAUAUAA